GGACUAUAUAUCAAUUUAGAAAGCGGAUUUGAACCUCUUUUGUUUGUUGCAGUCCAGAGUUUAACACAACUUUCCACAGAGCAACAAUUUAUGUUUAUUUUGUCUUCCUCUUAAGUGUCUUCUGGUUUCAGUUCAUUUGUAAACAUGAAGUUCAUUGGGUUUAGCUUGAGUUUUGGUCCAGCAGGGGGUGUGAUUUGCCUGCUGAAGGACGAACUCUUGUGCUCUGGGUGUGGGAGGCCCUGAACGACAGCAAGAGAUAGAGAAGGCAGUGAAAAAAGGGAAAACGAAGAGUAAAAUUGCUGCAGUCAUGGACUUGCGCUCAGAACUGCUCAAGUCCAUUUGGUAUGCUUUCACAGCUCUGGAUGUGGAGAAGAGUGGAAAGGUUUCCAAGUCUCAACUCAAGGUCUUAUCUCAUAAUCUGUACACAGUUUUGAAAAUCCCACAUGAAGCGGCGGCUCUUGAGGAACAUUUCAGAGAUGAUGACGAUGGUCCCGUGUCCAGCCAGGGGUACAUGCCCUACCUCAACAAAUACAUCCUGGACAAGGUGGUGGAAGGCACGUUUGUCAAAGAGAAUGUGGAUGAGCUCUGCUGGACUCUUACUGCCAAGAAGAACUAUCGACCCGAGGGAAAGAGUAUUUUACCUGCUAAAGACGCCUUCCGCCUCUGGUGCCUGUUCAUAUUUCUCUCGGAGGACCGAUAUCCUCUGGUCAUGAUCCCUGAUGAGGUUGAAUAUUUGCUCAAAAAGUUCUGCAUGGCCAUGAGUGUUGAGCUAAACUAUGUAGAACUGGAGGACUUCAUUUCCCAAGAUUCUGUUCAGCAGAAUGGCUUCACUGUGUGGACAUUUUUGGAAAUGAUGAAUUCUGGGAAACUCACGCGGAGCAUUGCCAAAGAAACCAUCAGCAUGGCUAUUGAGGAGGUGUAUCGGGAAAUAGUGGGCGAUGUGCUGAAAGAGGGAUACCUGUGGAAGAAAGGUCAGCUGAGGAGAAACUGGACAGAGCGCUGGUUCACCCUGAGACCCAGCACUUUAUUAUACUUCACCAGCGAAGACCGCAAGGACCACAAAGGCAACAUUCAACUGGAUGGAAACUGUUGUGUAGAGGUUCUUCCUGACAGAGAUGGGAAGAGGUGUAUGUUCUGUCUAAAGACGCUCACCAAGACUUAUGAACUCAGCGCAUCAGACACCAAACAGAGGCAGGAGUGGACUACAGCUAUCCAAACUGCAAUCCGGCUGUAUGUGGAGGGUAAAACAUCUCUUCAUAAGGACCUGAAGCUGAAACGCCGUGAUCAACGGGAACAGAGGGAGAAGAGACGGGAGGCGAAGGAGCAGGAGCUGCAGCGUUUACGGGCCUUGCAGGAGGAGCGGGAGAGGAAGAUGGCAGAGCUUGAGCUGCUGAAGGAGGCGCAGAGGCAAGCGCAGGCCAUGCUGGAGCAAGACGAACAGCGCAGGCGACAACAACACGAACUGCUUCAUCAGGCCCUGGAGAUCCAGCUCAAAGAGGCUGAGGAGGCACGAGCGAGCAUGCAGGCAGAGAUGGCGCUAAAGGAGGCUGAAGCUGAAAAACAGAGAACGCGUAUCAGAGAACUGGAAGCCAUGCAGCAGCGGCUAGAGGAUGCGUUACAGCAGGAAAUCAAAGCUAGACAGGACGAAGAAGCCUUCCGCUACGCACAAGCUCGGUGA